CACUUUAAUUUCAGUUGUUCAAAUCUUGUCUCAGCGUAAUAGCGCUGCAUCCGUCCCGCUCCCCUGAGACCCUUACAAAGUACCCCUUUUCCAUUCCUUUUAAUACAGCCGUGUUUGUUCGAGGACUUUGAAAUGGGACUCCUGCUAUCUGUCGUUCUCACGUACGCCGGGGCGAAUGAAACCAUCGAGUGCAUCAAACAUUUACUGAGUGGCGUGCUACCCAGCGGCAGCCCGGACCUGCAACACCUCGCCGAGUACUACGCCGCUCAGCUCAAGAAAGCGACCAACUCGUCCUCGGCAGCCGACUGGACUAAGGAAUGCGGUCAGGGAUAUCUAUGUUUAACACAAGAUAAAAAUGGAAAACUAAAAUCGGCCGCCGUCAAGUACUACGACGACAGAGCAGACUCGACCCCCAUAUUGUUCUCCACGAAAAUAUCCAGCUUCGGCCAGGAGUCCCUAGACAGCCUAACGAGCGAAGACAACAGCAAAAGCGAAAGGUACAACACACCUACGAAAACGAAAACCAUCCUAGCAAACACCUCAGAGUCGAUCAGUGUCGGCCAGAGAAACAGAUCACCUACGCCUCGUGAAACUAUUUCAGAUUCAAAUCACAACAGCUUUACUUCCAACUCUGUCGCGCCCGACACCAACGACGUCGUCGACGGGGCUAAAGAGAAACUGACAUGGCAUUACCGACCAUUGAGUCCCGACCGCACCCCGCCAGCACUGCCCGAAAUACAUUUCCAAUCAUUUGACGAAGACAAAAGAGGCGUUUACACCGAAGACUUCUUAAGAUCUCUUGAUGGCAUUAAGUUUCGACCGUUACAACGAAGCGACCCGAGUGGCAGGCGACGGAGUUUCAAAAAGCGUCACUCUUCGUCGUCAAAUUCUUCCAAAGAUUCGCGAGCGUCGCGCGAGGAAGAACUAAAGAUGUUCACGUCACUCGAGGAAGCUGAGUUCGAGCGUAUGAAUAAAGCUGAACAAGUCGGAGGGUUUGGAAGCACUCCUAAUCUAUCAGCGCGUUCUUAUUCCAGAAGUCGGUCGAGGGAAAACUCGAGGGAGAGGAGGCCGGAAAACUGGAGCGUGGAGGCCUCCGUCGACAGCGUCGCCUCCGAAGAUAGAGUCAACGAGUUAAAGCCGCAUUUGAAAGACGUGCCCAAACUCAACUCCUUCGAGGAAGAACCAAAUGAGACCAAAGAGCUUAUUUUCAGUGGCGAGUACACCAAGGCGAUGAACAAGGACUGGCACAGCGGUCACUUCUGCUGCUGGCAAUGCGACGAGUCGCUGACUGGCCAGCGCUACGUCCUGAGGGACGAGCACCCCUACUGCAUCAAGUGCUACGAGAGCGUCUUCGCCAACGGCUGCGAAGAAUGCAACAAAAUCAUUGGAAUCGACUCUAAGGACCUGUCCUACAAAGACAAGCACUGGCACGAGGCGUGCUUCCUGUGCGCCAAGUGCCGCGUGUCCCUCGUCGACAAGCAGUUCGGCUCCAAGCUCGACAAGAUCUACUGCGGCAACUGCUACGACGCCCAGUUCGCGAGCCGCUGCGAUGGAUGCGGCGAGGUGUUCCGUGCUGGAACCAAGAAGAUGGAGUACAAGACCCGACAGUGGCACGAGAAGUGCUUCUGCUGCGUGGUGUGCAAGAACCCCAUCGGCACCAGGAGCUUCAUCCCGCGCGAGCAGGAGAUCUACUGCGCCGGCUGCUACGAGGACAAGUUCGCUACACGCUGCGUCAAGUGCAACAAGAUCAUCACGCAAGGCGGCGUGACCUACAAGAACGAGCCGUGGCACCGCGAGUGCUUCACGUGCACCAACUGCAACACGUCGCUGGCGGGACAGCGGUUCACGUCGCGUGACGAGAAGCCCUACUGCGCCGAGUGCUUCGGAGAACUCUUCGCCAAGAGGUGCACCUCGUGCACCAAGCCUAUCACCGGCAUCGGCGGCACCCGCUUCAUCUCGUUCGAGGACCGCCACUGGCACAACGACUGCUUCAUCUGCGCGCAGUGCAAGACCUCGCUGGUGGGCAAGGGCUUCAUCACCGACGGACAAGACAUCAUCUGCCCCGAGUGCGCCAAACAGAAGCUCAUGUAAAUACGCCCUCAUCACGCACAGCCAACUAACGCUUCCAAUCGACUGGCAGUAACACCUGGAGAUCUACAGCUUUAUCAUCGAGUGAAUCACCGACGAGAAUCGAUACUUAUCGAUUACAACCCGUUCCCAAAUUAAUCGAUUCUCGUUAACAAAAGAUAUGUGACUAAUUUAUUUUGUGUCAUCUUUAUAGCGAAAAAACCAUACUACCGGUUGUCGCUAACGCCAGAGACUGGGUCGCGUCAAAGACUCACCAAACAUCGAGCGAUGUGCUUUUCGACCUCAUUGACAAAGUUAACUUCCACAAGGUCAAUGUCAACCCUUAGAACGUUACUUAGACACUUGUUGACGAUAUUUUUAUACAAAAAAAUGACGAAAAUCACAAAAAAAUGUGAAUGCACAAAUUGUGUUAUCAAGUAUUUAAUUUCGCUUUUUGAAAUAUUUUAUUUAUAUAUAUUGACUGUUUAGUUCUGACUAAUGAGCCCUCUGUAUCUAUUGUUACGUAGGUAUGUAUUACGUGCUAAUUGCCAUAUGAUUUCGCUUUGGCUGUUGUAUUAGUCUUAGAUAUAUAAUUGUCAAUUUACCUAGUGCGAUUCACACGAUGCCUUAAUAACAUAUCUAAGUCAAUUUCGAGGACAUAUUAUUUCUUGUUGUAUAGCCACCUUAUUUAUAAAUUUUGUGAUUUAAGUCUUGCCUUUCUUUAUAAUGCUAAAGGACAAUCUACUGUGUUCAAGAUUUAUAAUUAAAGAGGUCCUACAACCUACUCUGGUGUUGCCAGAUAUAUAUUUCUUUCUAUUAUUAAUAGACGCCCUAAUGGGCGGUAAUAAGUGCUUGUCAUGUAACAUAGUAUAUAAGAAAUUUAUUGAAAGAGUAAUGUACGUGUUAUAUUUUAAGUAUUUAUUUAUACGGGAGGACGCACUUAUUAUCUGUGGGGACGCCGAUGGUGUUGCCGUGUCACAUUAAAAAGAUGAGAUUUUAGAUGUAGUGUUGCCAUAUACGCCAUCGGUAGGUCGCUGCCUAACACUAUUGUUAAGUGACAUCUAGUUUUACUAAUAAAAAUAAUAAUAUAAAAAAAUAUUUUUGUUCUCGAAUAAGAAUCAAUCGCGUUCAUUGAAUGUUAUCGAUAUUUUUACAUGAAGGUAAAUAUGUUAGCGUUUAGUGGUAGGUAACAUCUGUGUGUAUCGCGAGCGAGACCGCGCCGCGAGCCGACCAUGCUAAGAUUGGGGAACACUUUAUAAACGUUACUAGUUAAGGAUUAAAUUAUUCGAAUGUUGAAUUAUUAAUUUAUAAUAAUGUGUACACUUAAAAACAACCGCUUAGCUGUGUGAUCUGAUCUAAUUCAAUAUUUCUAUCUAUCCAUAGAAUGUAAACUAUGAAACUGAAAUAAACGAUUUAAAAGUA